GGAGGAGAGAGGAGAGGCUGGCAAACAGACAACAACACCGGAUUGAGGAAACUGACGAGGGCAUACAAUGUGGAAAACAAACUAGUUUAAAGCUGACAGCCAUGCAGCCCGAGCCGCUUCAUUCACUGUCACAUCCAAAGAGAGGACAGGACCGCACCUCUCCAGCGCUAUAGACCCGAAGACCGCAUCCAACCGGCCGCUUCCAGCCAUGCGUGUGUUCGCCAUCCCGAUGCUCGUGCUGAUGGUGGUUUUCGGGGAGACCCAGGCGUGGGGUCCCGGGGGUAAAUACGCCGUGAACUGCCCGGACAAAUGCAACCCUGCGUUGUGCGGCUCGACGCUGCGCUGCCGGCGAACGGUGCUGGAUGACUGCGGUUGCUGCCAGGUCUGCGCCGCGGGACGGGGUGAGCACUGCUACCGCACCGUCUCCGGGAUGCACGGCGUCAAGUGCGGACCGGGACUCUUCUGCGACUUCUACAAGGAUGAGGAUGAUUAUGGGGAUGAAUAUGGCAUCUGUAAAGAUUGCUUGUUUGGAACGUACGGUAUGGAGUGCCGGAAAACAUGCAACUGUAAAGCAGGUGGACUUUGUGACAGAGAAACCGGCGCUUGUCUCUCCUUUAAAGUCCUGGCUAAAAUGGCCAUGUUGAAAUCUCAUUCAAAUGAAGGUAAUGAAGUGGGUUCGGGCGACACCAACACUGAAAGGAGCAGUAGUCGGGCCUCCGCUCGCAAUUUCCUUACCCCUCGCUGACAGCGCAACAGCAAUAUCUUUAGUUUACUCAGUGUACAUGUAGCAUAAUAAAUUAAAGGACCAAACGGCUAUAUUUUAAUAUGUUUAAAAAGGUCAAAGAAAAUGAUAUAUGUUUUAUUUUGUGUAUUUUACAGAUGUGUAUGCCAGUUAUUAUAUGUCUUUAUUCCAAAGCAUAUCAGCAUGCAUUCAUACACACACUAUACACACACACACGCACACACAAAUAUCCAGCAGAGAUUGACUAGACAGUAAUAAUGUUCCCACUGGGAUGCAUUUUGCUGAUACACACACAUGAGAUGACCAAUUAAACCUGCAGCGGUGUUCAUAUUAUCAUAUUUAUUACAUUCGCAUUACAAGAUUAUAUACCAAGGCUGAUUAACGUCACAUAAACUUUACAGUUCACAGAUAUAACAUCCCAUAUUUGGCCACAUGAUAUAUGUAAUGCUAAACAACAGUGUUUUUAAUGUGGUAUAUCGAGGCCAAUGAGAUUAUUAUAAAAUCUAGAUUGUAUAUCCUGCAAAUUUUUGUGUAAAUUAUUCUUUGUGUUUAUUAAAACUCUGUUGAACAAGAUAUGAAUCCUUACACAUUUAUACUGUAAGAGAUUUGAAUUAAAACCAUGUCAUUCUACGAGAA